ACAAUGCAGAUCUUUGUGAAGACCCUGACCGGCAAGACCAUCACCCUCGAGGUCGAGCCCAGUGACACCAUCGAGAACGUCAAGGCCAAGAUCCAAGACAAGGAGGGCAUCCCCCCUGACCAGCAGAGGUUGAUCUUCGCUGGGAAACAGCUGGAAGAUGGUCGCACCCUGUCUGACUACAACAUCCAGAAAGAGUCCACCUUGCACCUGGUGCUCCGUCUCAGAGGUGGGAUGCAGAUCUUCGUGAAGACCCUGACCGGCAAGACCAUCACCCUCGAGGUCGAGCCCAGUGACACCAUUGAGAACGUCAAGGCCAAGAUCCAAGACAAGGAGGGCAUCCCCCCUGACCAGCAGAGGUUGAUCUUCGCUGGGAAACAGCUGGAAGAUGGUCGCACCCUGUCUGACUACAACAUCCAGAAAGAGUCCACCUUGCACCUGGUGCUCCGUCUCAGAGGUGGGAUGCAGAUCUUCGUGAAGACCCUGACCGGCAAGACCAUCACCCUCGAGGUCGAGCCCAGUGACACCAUUGAGAACGUCAAGGCCAAGAUCCAAGACAAGGAGGGCAUCCCCCCUGACCAGCAGAGGUUGAUCUUCGCUGGGAAACAGCUGGAAGAUGGUCGCACCCUGUCUGACUACAACAUCCAGAAAGAGUCCACCUUGCACCUGGUGCUCCGUCUCAGAGGUGGGAUGCAGAUCUUCGUGAAGACCCUGACCGGCAAGACCAUCACCCUCGAGGUCGAGCCCAGUGACACCAUUGAGAACGUCAAGGCCAAGAUCCAAGACAAGGAGGGCAUCCCCCCUGACCAGCAGAGGUUGAUCUUCGCUGGGAAACAGCUGGAAGAUGGUCGCACCCUGUCUGACUACAACAUCCAGAAAGAGUCCACCUUGCACCUGGUGCUCCGUCUCAGAGGUGGGAUGCAGAUCUUCGUGAAGACCCUGACCGGCAAGACCAUCACCCUCGAGGUCGAGCCCAGUGACACCAUUGAGAACGUCAAGGCCAAGAUCCAAGACAAGGAGGGGAUCCCCCCUGACCAGCAGAGGUUGAUCUUCGCUGGGAAACAGCUGGAAGAUGGUCGCACCCUGUCUGACUACAACAUCCAGAAAGAGUCCACCUUGCACCUGGUGCUCCGUCUCAGAGGUGGGAUGCAGAUCUUCGUGAAGACCCUGACCGGCAAGACCAUCACCCUCGAGGUCGAGCCCAGUGACACCAUUGAGAACGUCAAGGCCAAGAUCCAAGACAAGGAGGGGAUCCCCCCUGACCAGCAGAGGUUGAUCUUUGCUGGGAAACAGCUGGAAGAUGGACGCACCCUGUCUGACUACAACAUUCAGAAAGAGUCCACUCUGCACUUGGUCCUGCGCUUGAGGGGUGGUGUCUAAGUUUUUCCUUCCUUAUAAGCUUUCAACAAAUUUCAUUGCACUGUUCUUUCAAUAAAGUUGUUGCAUUCCAAAA